AUGGGAGCUACAGAUAGCAAGUUGGCUUUUCGAAAGGGCGUAUUUCGCCUCUUUGAAGAACAGCACAUCCCUGCAACAGCUGACGACUAUUGGUCUUUGUUUUGGACGCUUCCAGAGUCAUUGGAUGAUGUAUAUUCACUCAUUGGAGCAAGCGAUAUCCGACGUGCACGCGAUUCGAGUCGAGAGAAUAUCGAAACGUUGAUUGAUAAGUUGUUGGAUCACAUGAGUAGCAUCGUCGACGCACCCAACUUUCCCGCUACACCAAACAGCAUCCAACAUUUGCUCAAUUGCUGUCGAGUCUUUUCACGCAUUAUUCCAUACAUCUUUGAGAAUCCACAAUCAGCUGAAUGGGAAGAUAAGAUCUUUUGGGUACCACGAUCAGUCGAACGUCGCGUUGUCCCUGAAGCAAAUAGCACGGAUAAUGAGGAUCAGACCCAAAAGACACAACCACAAUAUGAUACGUUACCUCCACGAGGCGAAGUGCUUAUGUCAUUGACCCUCAAAUGUCUGUUCCUGGCGGGAUUUACAUUACCACCCAACAUGGCAACGGCCGAUGGCAAAGUCAACUAUGUGAUAUGGGAAUCAGGCGUAGGCUCAUCAACACCUAUUGGAUCAUCGCGUGAAAACGAUAUGCAUCGAAUUGAAGUACUACGCUUGUUGAUUGUAUUGCUUUCACGAUCGAUGUAUGUACCUCCAUCCCAAGUCUUGUCAAAGGAAGAUCGGUGGCUGCACUACAUUGUCGCUAAAACGGAGCGUAAGGUGGUGCUUGCCCUUUUGUGCAGUACCCUCAACACAGCAUGCAAAUACAAUCCACUCGGCUGGGGUGUCCCUUACAACCACAUGAUGUUCACUGAUGUACGCGAACAGCUCGUUGUCAUGUGCUUACGUGUCCUUUUGGUCAUUCUCGAUUAUCAUUCGCCUCGCGUGGCCCAUACGAUGCGACAAAUGGAUCAGACUGUCACCACUCCGCCUGCCGACAUUGUUGAAAGCUUUGAGCAUUUGGAUAUCAAGGAUCCUGAAAAACGUCAAUUGGCUGAAAAACAAGCAGCAGAAGCAGCAGCAGCAGCAAAUGAGGAUGAAGCAAAUAGGGCGGCAUCAGCAUUGGAUGAUACAAGCGAUAAUGCAUUCAAGCACUACUUGUCAAAACUUCAUCGCGCUCAGGAUUUCCAAUUCUUGAUUGAUGGCAUUUAUCGUAUCUUAAGCAACCCAAUGCAGGCCAACAAUACUUACCUUCCUGGCUCAACUAAGCGUGUCCGAUGUCAUGUUGAGAUGAUGAUGUUGUGCUGGAAGUUAUUGGAAACCAAUUCGCGUUUCAGAAGCUAUUUGAUGGAAACGGAGAGGGCAUUGGAUUUGAUGGUCGUGUUGGUGUACUAUGCCAUGACGAAUAAGACGGAUCCUGCUCAAGUUGGUCUUGUCAGGAUGUGUGCAUUCAUCCUUCAGACGCUUUCCUCGGAUCGUACAUUUGGUGUCAAGCUCAAUCGCCCAUUUGAUGGUCAUUCUUCACUUCCAGCAAGCGUGCGGAUACCUGCUUUCCAUGGCACAUACGCCGAUUACCUUAUUGUUUCUAUUUUUACGUUGAUUGCUACAUCUCGAGGCGCUUUAUCAACAUUGUAUCCUGCGCUGAUUCUCACCAUCGCCAACAUUUCACCUUAUCUCAAGCAUUUAUCAGUGACAUCCUCAAGUAAGCUGGUUGCAUUGUUUGGAUCCAUGUCAGCUCCCGGUUUCAUUUUGGCUGAUGAGGCGAAUCAUCGAUUGGUGGGAUAUCUUGUGGAGACAUUUGAUAAUAUUAUCCAAUAUCAGUAUUCAGACAAUCCAAAUUUGGUGUAUGCCAUUGUGCGUAACAAUACCAGAUUUGAAAAGCUACGUGACUUUACAUUGGAUGGUGCCAUUGCCGAGGUAGAACGAAUUCGUCAACUCAAGGAAGAAAAACUGCGCCAAAGCAACAAUCCUGCUGCGACACCCAACACCACUACAAAGCCAUCAGGAGAGGAGAAUCAAACGUCAGAAGCUGCGCCAACAAGUGGUGGCAGUGGUGGUGAUACCAGCAAAUCCUCGAAUUCAGAUGCAGAAGGUUUGUCCGACAAGGCACGGGGUAAACGUCCUGAGAGCACAUCGCCACAACAGCCACAAAGUGGGGCAAAUGACCACAACAAUGAUACAUCCACCGAAGGAAACAAUGACACCAUGCAUACUCCUAUGACACCAACAAUGCCACCGAGACAAGCAAGCUCCACUUCAUUGUCAUCAGCUGUUCUUCCUGGUGCUAAGAAUGGUUUUAUUCCAACCGAAGAUUGGGUAUCGCAAUGGCAUUCACAAUUACCCCUCGAGCCUAUUAUGGUACUUUUGGAACAUUUGAUGCCCCAAGUGAAGAAUCUAUGCACUACACAAUCGCUUACAUCGGAUGCACAAGUGCUUGAUUUCUUGCGUGGUAUCACACUUGUCGGUAUCUUGCCACAUCCACAGCCUAUUUUCAUUCGCAAGUUCCGAUGGGGCGAAGCAUUGGUGAUUUGGUUCCGCAGCAUGUUAUGGGGUCAAGCCUAUGUGUCUUCCAUCUCGGAUUAUUCUCCUUGGAGUGGUACUCAGGUCAAAUUGUUCCAAAUCAAGCAACAGCUUACUGCCAACACGGCUGCUGCCAAUAGCAACAAUAAUGCUUCCAGUCCCAAUGCACCUCCACCACCUCCAAUGGAUGCAACAUCCCCUCAACCCACUGCCGCCACUACGCCACAACAACAACAAUAA